GCGUAAUUCCUGCGGGACCCGCGCGGGAGGCGCCCGCGGCCCGGGAGUGCGCCAGCUGCCUCCGCCUGAGUGAGCGCGAGUACAAAACCUUCAUUUUCUGUCCGUUUCCAGGUGGUUUAUUCCCUUCUCAGGUAAUAUUUCAGCAAGAGGUGUUUUACCGAAGAAUCCACUCAUGGAGGGCUUUGCCAGCUCGGGAUCCGGCAAGCUGUGGGAUUUCUUAUGGAGUAAGGACUGUUUCUAGAGACAAUCCUCAUAGAGAUUCAGGAGGAGAAAAUCGUCUGCAGUACUGAAAGGCACAUGCGAAAUAUUUCAGCCUCCCAUUGGAGCAGUUGGGGACAGGCCGGUCCUGGCUGAGCCAUGUCAGAGCCUGAGGGUCCCAUCCAGGACACCACAUUACAUCUUGUGGUCAUGUCUCCUUAAGCUGCUCUGGGCUGUGACAGUUUCUCAGACUUCCCUUAUUUUUGAUGAUCUUGAUGGUUUUAAAUACUCCUGGUCAGAGUAGCCAAAAUCUGCUUACUCUUGACCUUGGAAUAGAAGGAUUCUCCACCUAUUUCUCUUUUUGCACACUUACUGUUCCUGUUGAUUGGGCCAGGGUUACUUCCAGGUAAAGGGUUUGGAUUCUUGACACAUGGGUCUGGAAAUUGGGAAAAGACCAGUCUCAUAGCUUCUCUCUCUUUUCUCAGCUUUGUUCACCUAGUGCUUAUCUGGUUGAGUGAAAAUGUCUAGAGGAAGACAGUUGGCAGCUGAGAUAUUGACAAUGCAACCACUGGAGUUAGUGAACUUGAAAGAUAUAAUUAUAGACUUCACCCAAGAAGAGUGGUCCCUGCUGGACACAUACCAGAGAAAGCUGUUCAGCAAUGUGAUGCUGGAGAAUAUCAGUCAUCUGGUCUCAGUGGGACAUCAGGUCUGCAAAUCAGAUGUAUGUUCCCAGUUGGAGCAAGGAGUGGAACUGUGGAGAGAAGGAAUUGGAUUUUUCCAGUCCCAGAAUUCAGGCAGAGAAAUUGGUUGUAACAAGGAAGUGCUAUCCAUGAAACAUAUCUGCAGGAAAUACCUUUCUGUCAUCAUGUCAUCGAAACAGACAUCUCAUACUCAGAAGAAUGGCAAUACAUGUAGUGAAUUGCUGGAAGAUUUCACUCACAGUUCCAGAGUGACUCAACAUGUGUUAAUUCACAAUGGAAAGAAACAUUACUUCAGCAAUUUGUUUGGAAAAGCUCUCAGUGAGCAGUCUUUUAAUCAACAAAAGCAAAUUUGCACUAGAAGUAAAUCAUGUGAAUGUCAUCUAAAUGGGAAAUCCUGUUUUCAAAUCUCUGCUCUUAUACAUCACAAUGGAAGUCACACACAAGAGAAACCACAUGGAUGUCAUAUAUGUGGGAAAGUCUUCACUCAGCAUUCUGCCCUGAAACAACACAUGCGAAUUCACAUUGGAGAGAAACCCUAUGGAUGUCAGUUAUGUGGGAAAGCCUUCACUCACCAUUCUUGCCUUAGAGAACAUAAGAGGACGCACACUGGAGAGAAACCCUAUGAAUGUUAUUUGUGUGGAAAAGCCUUCACUCAGUCUAAUAAGCUCAGAGAACAUGAAAGGACUCACACUGGAGAGAAACCUUAUGAAUGUCAUCUCUGCAGGAAAGCCUUUACUCACUUUUCUAACUUCAGACAACAUGAGAAGACUCAUGCUGGAGAGAAACCCUAUAAGUGUCAUCUAUGUGCAAAAGCCUUCACUUGGUGUUCUGGCCUUAGAGAACAUGAGAGGACUCACACUGGAGAGAAACCCUAUGAUUGCCAUCUAUGUGGGAAAACCUUCACUCACUGUUCUAGCCUCAGACAACAUGAGAAGAUUCAUACUGGAGAGAAACCCUACAAAUGCCAUCUAUGUGGUAAAGUCUUCACUUACUGUUCUAUGCUGAGAGAACAUGAAAGGAUUCACACUGGAGAGAAACCUUAUAAAUGUCAUAUAUGUGGGAAAGCCUUUGCUCGUUAUUCUGGCCUUAGACAACAUGAGAAAUCACACUGGAGAUAAACUAUAUGUACACCAUCUAUGUAGGAAAACCUACAGUAUAAUUUCUAACCUUUCUCUACAUGUGGGAAUUCACAGUGGAGAAAUGCCCUAUGAAUGUCAUUUAUGUGGGAAGGCAUUCACCCAUUAUUCUAGCUUUAGAUGACAUGAGAAAACUCACACUGGAGAGAAACCCUAUGAAUGUCAUCUAUGUGGGAAAGCCUUCACUCACUGUUCUAUCCUUUGAGAACAUGAAAGGACUCUCAUUGUUGAGAAAUCCUUUGCCAUAUAUGAGAAAGCCUUCAGCCAGUAUUCUCAUCUUAGACAACACGAGAGCACUCACACUGGAGAGAUAUCAUAAGAAUAUCAUGUACAUGGGUAAUCUGUACUUUAUUUUUGUAGCCGUAGACAACAUGAGGGAACUCAAACUGGAGAGAAACCCUGUAAAUGUCAUCUAUGUGGGAAAACCUUCACAGUAUUCUACCCUGAGACAACAUGAGAGUACUCACAGUGGAGAGAAACCUUGUGAAUAUCAUUUAUAUGGAAAAAUCUUUACCCUUUAUUCUAGCCUUAGACAAUAUUGGAAAACUCACACUGGAGAGAAGAGUGUCAUCUAUGUGGGAAAGCCUUCACCCAUUGUUCUGGCUUUAGAAAAUGUGUAAACUCCCACUGGAGGGAUACCUUAAGAUAUCAUUUAUGUAAGAAACUCUAUUUUUGUAAGCUUAGACAACAUGAGGGAACUCAAAUUUGAGACAAACCCUAUGAAUGACAUAUGUGAAAGACUUCUGUUAAUGUUCAGAUAUUACAUUACAUGAGACAACUCUUAAUGUAAGUAUUUUGAAUAUGGAAGAGAUUUCAGCCCUUGAGUUAAACUUUAAACGUCUAGAGAACUCACACACUGAAGAAACACUGUAAUCACUCUGGUAGAGCCUUUAGUCAUCCUGACGACUUCAUCAAUCUAAGCCAGUUCAUACUCUGGAGAGAAUUAAUGUGUCAGCUGAGAGCCAUCCACAGAUAAUGAAGGUCAACCAUAUGCCCUGGGUUGUGGCAUCUUCAUCUCCAAGGCCAGCAACUGUGUCAAGCCCAUGUCAUGGUUUGAAUCUCUCCUCCUUCUCUUGUCUCAUUUCUCAUCCAGGAAAGUUUCUGAGCUUAAGUACUCAUGUGAUUCAAUUUGGCCCACAGAGAAAAUUCAGAUUACCCAGGUAAAUUGCCCCAUCUCACAGUCUGUACCUAUAAUCAUAUCUGUAAAUUUCCUUUUACUAUAUGUUCUAGUUUGCUAAUGCUGCCAGAAUGCAAAACAACAGAGAUGGAUUGGCUUUUAUAAAAGGGGGUUUAUUUGGUUACACAGUUACAGUCUUAAGGCCACAAAGCAUCCAAGGUAAU